AUGAAGGGGAACCUCAUCCCAGGCAGCACACAGCCAACCAUGGAGCAGCAGGCCUGGAUUCUGAGGAGCAUCCUGCCCCAGCUGGAGAGCCAGGAGGCUGCAGGUGAGGAGGCACCAAAUGGCAUCGCUGGGGAGUUUGCAAAGUUAAAAACACAGUCAACAAAGUAUCGCAUUGACAAGACGUUCUCCACCAAGACAGCAGAAAAGCAGGAAAACAUCAAGAAGAACCGAUACAAGGACAUUGUUCCCUUCGACCAUACAAGAGUAAAGCUCACACUCCGUUCUUCUAAAAUAGACACAGACUACAUCAAUGCCAGUUUCAUCAAGGGGGUCUCAGGAUCCAAAGCAUAUAUUGCUACUCAAGGUCCGCUGCCUCACACAGUGGUGGACUUUUUAAGGAUGCUUUGGGAAUAUGAUGUUCAGAUCAUAGUGAUGUCCUGUCGAGAAUUUGAGAUGGGAAAGAAAAAGUGUGAGGUUUACUGGCCACAGACAAAAGACGAGGCAUUUGUGUGCGAGCCUUUUACAGUUCACUGUGAUUCAGAGGAGGACAAAGGAGAAUACCUGACAAGGACAUUAAGGCUGACUUAUCACAAAUUGAGCCACACUUUGAAACAGCUGCACUAUGUCAACUGGCCGGAUCAUGGCGUACCUGACACCAUCCCCCCCAUCCUGGACAUGCUGCACGAGAUGCGCUGCUAUCAGCCUCAUGAUGACGUUCCCAUAUGCAUCCACUGCAGUGCCGGCUGUGGGAGAACAGGAGCUCUGAUCGUCAUCGAUUACACGUGGAACCUCCUCAGGAAACAUAUGAUCUCCUUGAAUUUCAAUAUCUACAACUUAGUUCAGGACAUGAGAACCCAGAGGCCCUCCGUGGUUCAAACUAAGGAACAAUAUCUGCUCGUCUACAGAACAGUGACAGGACUCUUCCACAGAUAUCUGCGAUCCAUGGAGCCCCAAAACAGCCCACAGGAGGGAUCUGCGGUUCCAUCUGCUGUCGCUGAGAUGACUGAAGAUGACUUCUCUGACCAUAGUGAGGAGUUUCAUUUCACGACAGAACACCUGCACUUGCUCGAUGAGAAAAGUGAUGUUUUCCUACAUUACCACGCUCCCUUGGCUUCUGCUUUGGGAAAUCUAGAAGACUUUGAUGCUGUGGACAUGCUAUGUGGACAGCAACAGUAUCAGCCAUUCCAGACCCUUUCUGAUGCCAGCAAGAACCUGAAUGAGAAGCCCAAUAACUUACUGCUUCAGAGCAUCCAAACAGCAUCUGCAGAGGACAGCAGUGACUUCCCAUUACUGGACACUGUUUCUCUGCUGCCUGCACCAGAGGCUUUUUGUCAGAUGGUGGAAGACCCUUAUUUUGAGGAAGUUUUAAGCUCCCCAUCAUCAGAGGAGGCACCAACAGAAGAGGUCAAAUGGAUCCACAGCCCUGUCUUCAGUGCACCCUCACUGUUUCUGGAUGAUCAGAUUAUGAGGCCAAGUUCUCCCGCCUCAGUUCUAACUGAUGAUGAAGUUCCUCCUCCUCUACCUGAACGGACCCCUGAAUCCUUCGUCCUGGCUGUGGAUCCAGAGCUCUCAGGUCUGUGUGAUCAGCUAUCCGUUAUCUCACCACCCAGCACUGCAGCUGACGAUGGCGAGGAACAGGAAGGAAGCUUCAACUCGCAUACCCCCCCACUUCCAGAGAGGACCCCGGAAUCAUUUGAGUUAGCCGUGGAACCUGUUCCUGUAGAGAAGCAGCGAGAGAUCCUAACGGAGGUGCCCUUUAACGGAAUAGGAAUAUUUUCAGAAUGGUCUGGAAGCUCAACGCCAGAAGUCACAUUUCAGAAAGAAAAAGGUUUUGUGAGAAACCAAACUGUGAGAGCAGAGAUGAUUUCGUCAGCACCAUCAGUGCAAACAGACCCAGCAUCAGCUCCAUCUUCAACUGUUCAAACAUUCAGUGCCGCUCUGGACCAACACAACCCUCCACAACUUCCUCAAACUGUGGAUCAUCCUGCACUGUCCACUUCAGACGGAACACCAGGACCAGUCACCCUCCCAACAGAAAACAUUCAUUCAAGAAGUCCUCCACGUCCAUCUUCUAUAGGAUGGACGCUGUCACCACGAGUCGGCAUGUCCUCUGAGUGGGACGGCACCACUCAGCCCAGGAAGUUCCUUGAUGUUGUCAAGAAACGGAGCAAGAGUGUUCGAGCUAAAGGUUCAAAACAAGAACCCCUCACUUCAUUUCAGACGCUCACUCCGCUUCCUGUGGUCGCAGCUCAAGGAGGAAGUGCACAACAAGUGCAACAACACGAUGUGAACCGCAGACCCUCUCUGAACACUGACAGAUCAGGAAACAAGGUCGACCAAAGCAACGAGAAGGGCAUGUCUCGAGCAAAGAGCCUGAAACUUUUUCGACAUAAACAAAGGCCCAAAACUGCCCCCCCACCUCCUCCUGCUCAGCCUGGACCCACACCUCUGUCAGUCAGCACCCCAUCUUUUGCUUUUGAGUUUGGAUUUAAGAAUCGCUUUGGAAAACCAAAAGGCCCCAGGACAUAUCCAGAGACCUGGAAAUAAAUGACACCACCAUCCACCACCACCAGUUUACAGAAAAUAAGCACCACAACUGAUGGACAUACGGACACACAAGAUGCUCACUGCCUUGGGAAGAGCAAGUUUAUUACAAAUGUGUAAAGAUGAAGGGAAAAGCCAUGAAGGCUGUGACCAAGUGGUGCAGCAGCGCCUCCUUCUGGAGACACACAGGAAGUGUUCACUUUCUGUAUAACUGGAGCA